UAUUUAUUUAUGUAUGUAUUUAUUUAUCUAGCUGGCCUUACAUGGAGGUAAACUGAGCAAUCUGGCAACACCUCGCGUGUCUUUUUUUGCGCGUGAGAGUGAGUGUCCGGUGCGGGUGAGGGAGGGGGGCGGAGCGGUUCAUGCGGUAACAGGGAGCCGGUUAAAGAGCUGUAAUAAGAUCCAGAGGCGCUGUAACAGUUUAGAUAUCAGCGCGAGGACAGUAACGUGCGCUACUGAACACCGUGUUGUACCAAGACCUCCUGAACACUUUGACUGCGGCAGAGCGUUAAAGGAGCUCCGCGGUUUGAGCCGAUACUUUCCGCCGCAUCCCAGCGCAGAGAGGAUGAUGAUGAUGAUGAUGGUGAGUUGACACGGAGUCGACUCGUCUGAAUCAACCAAGUCAUGUGUUAUGGAAGCGAGCUCGGAUCAAACCAUGAACUCGCUCCUGUUCGGAGACACGCUAUCCGCCGGGAUGCUCGCCAUGCUGCCCGGAAGCGGUUCCGGCGCGAGCGCGCUGCGGGAUGACCUGGGCUCCAACAUCCACGUGCUGAAGACGCUGAACCUGCGCUUCCGCCGCUUCUUGGCCCGCGUUCACGAGCUCGAGCGCAAGAACAAGGUGCUGGAGAGCCAGCUGAAGCACGCCGCCGAGAGAUUUACCUUCCGUCCGCUGUUCAUACGGGACGUGGCCGUGCAGACCGACUCGACCGAGCCGAGGCUGCCGGGCACCAUAUGGAGCUACACGCACGUGCGGCGGCGCGGGGAGCGCGUGGAGACUUUACAGGGGCCUGGAGUGUCGUGGUCGCACCCGGACGGCGUAGGCGUGCAAAUAGACACAAUCACACCGGAACUCAGGGCGCUUUAUAACUUUCUGGCCAAAGUCAAGCGCGAGCGGGACGAGUACAGGAACAAGUGGCAGGAAGAGCUGUCUAGACGAGAGCAGAUGGAAGCGAUGCUGGAGUCACUGCAAGAGAGUGCUCAGGAGUCAGAGGCCAUUCAGGAAGAGCUGAGGAAUAAAGUGGAGAGGUUAAAGGCUGAAUUGGUGGUCUUCAAAAGCCUCAUGAGUGAUGGUCGUCGGCGUCCUGCUUCUCAGUCUAGAGCUGCAGAAAAUAGGAGAAGGUUCCCUGAUCUGAAACAAAUGUCUGAGCUGGACACUAAAAUCCAGGAAAAAGCCAUGAAAGUGGAUAUGGACAUCUGCAGGAGAAUUGACAUCACAGCGAAACUCUGUGAUGUAGCGCAACAGAGAAACUCUGAAGAAAUCAUUUUCAACGUGAGUCCGUCCAGGGCCCCAGCGGGGCCUUUAGCCUGCAGGAGAAAAGAAAAGAAAGCUUUGUCAGAUGAGGAAAACUCAGAGAUGGAUGCAGAUCCAAGCACGUCGGAAGAGGAAGCAGCUGGACCACUCAACAUUACUGAUGAGAUGAAGCGCAUGCUCAACCAGCUACAUUGCUCAGAUAAUUCAUUUGUUGCCAGGCGGGAGACUUUUGACAUUGAAGAUGAUUGUGACAGUUUGACAUGGGAAGAAAACGAGGAAACGCUGCUGCUGUGGGAGGACUUCACCAACUACAACGUGCCCUCCAUUAGCACCACAAACAACGGUGCAGACUGCGGAGGAAGCAGCCAGGAAGCCGAUUGCAGUCUGGGAAGUCUCAUAGAUGAGACCGAGAUGCUCUUCAAGACCAGGGAAGAGGAGUACCAGGCUACGAUCGGCCAGAUCGAGAUGGAGUUGGCUACAGCUAAGAGUGACAUGAAUCGGCAUCUUCAUGAGUACAUGGAAAUGUGCAGUAUGAAAAGAGGGCUGGAUGUACAGAUGGAGACGUGUAGGAGAAUGAUCAAGGGGGGGAGAAACUCUCCGUCUUUCAGCUCAGUGGCAAGCAGUGACUCAGGGAACACCGACGAGAUCCAGGACGAGUCAGACAAGGACGGAGACACAGAAGGAGCAAUCAGCUGAUAUUUACCCUCCCCUCACCGAGCUCCUAUCAGCUCCGAGGCCACUCAGCAUUCGGCCAAUGGUAACGAGCAGGAUCAGUCCAAAGGAACUCUGAUGGACAGGUCCCUUUUUCCUGUAGGUGCUUUAACGUCUCCUUUCUAGUGGCGAAGGGGAAAAGGGACGUUCCCUUGACUCUUAAGUAUUGUGCCUCUGCACUGAUGUCUUAGGGUAUUCAGUCAGUCAAAUCAGUCUGACCAAUCACAAGCUUCAUUUACAACCGUUUUACAGAGUAGGCAAGCUGUACCAUUUAAACCACAAUCCAGUAUCGGUAUCAAGACGUGACAGAAAUAUACAAACAGAAAGAGCCAUUUCGCAUGUGUGAACCUUUUUCAAGUGGAUGGAUAUCCAUUAAGAUGCCAGAACAAUUCUAUUUUCUGUCUUUUUGAACAAUGCUGUAUUAUUCAGGAGGCAAAACAAUAGCUUUGACGGCCAUCUUGCUGCCUCUUAACACUAAUUAACAAAAACCCAGUAGCGUGUGUGGACGGAAUGCAGCACAGCUCAACCUAUCUCUAAGGUCUAUGCAAACGGUUAGCCUUAUUUCGUAUUUUCAUGUUAACUGAUAUUAUGUGUAUCCUGAUUGCCAUGUCCGCUGGGAAGAGGGCUUCUAGAGGAAAUCGCAAAGCCUGUAAUGUUUACAAGCUCAACGGAGGGAGCUGUUGUGAGGAAUUGGUGCCUACUCGACAGCACUCUACUUAAAAAAAAAAACCUGUGUUGAAUCAUCGUCAUUCUGGAUUGAAAAGAGCCAUGUGCCUGAUCGUAUGACUGGACCUUUUUGAUUUUGAUGGCCAUAAAGUAUCCGCUUGCUAUUUUAUUUUUAUUUUUGCAGCCUACAUAUUUGCUUUUAUAGACAUUUUGUUUUGUAUGUCUUUUGCUGUAUUUUCCAAAGACAAAGUUGCUUUAUUUUGUUAAGCAGCUUGAAUGAUUUUAAGAGUUUUCGGGUAGCAAUUCUGAUUGUAAAACGGAUAUUUUUGUUCAGUGCCGGUUACUGUCACUAAUUCUAAUAUACUAAUAUAGUGACGAUGACCAACCAGAUAUGCCAGCAUAAUUUCAACCAUAAUAUAUGUAAACGUCUCAUAUUUGGCCAGCAGAGAAAAAAUAGGUCUGUUAAGUUUAUUUCUGUAACUGGGAUCAAGAAUGCUCUUGGGUUUCCUUUUUUUUUCAUGUCUAAUUUUUUUUUGCCAUUUAUGUUAAUCAACUAUAUUUUUUUAUAUUCAUUUAAAUUUCAUUUAUUUAGGAUUUCUCUAGGAUUUUUUGUCAUAAUUGAACUGUGUAUUUGUGUAAAAGAGGUCCUAAUGUUAAUAACGAAUGAUUUAAUGACAAGGUAAAGUGAUUCCAUACAAAACCUUGAAGAACGUUGCACAAAACACUGUUGCAGUCAUUUGAGCCUCCAUUAAUACACAAUUAUUAAUCCACAAUAUUCAGAUUUUUAUUAUAAUGUGUUAUAUUAUAAUCAUAUUGUGGAAUUUCAUAUGAAAGAUCUGUUCAAGGGUUUUGUACGAAUUUCCUUUUUUUUAAAAAAAAAAACAAUAUUCAGGGUUAUUUGGAUGCUUUCUCUGGUAAAUAAGUUAUGCACUAAUCAAAAUUUUGCCUUUUAGCCUCAAUGCUUCUUUUUAUAUUCUUUAACACAAUAACAGAAAGCUCAUACUACAUUUCUUUGUACCCAGCCAAACACCAGAAAUUUCAGUAAUGUCUUCCUUUUUUAAUCAUAAUAAUUUAAUUUAAACUUCCUAAUUUAAUCAUUAAUAUUUAAAAAUAAACAGUUUUCAUGUCUGUAAAAGAGAUGUCAGGUUUAAAGGGGCAGUUUGUAAAGUUAUAGACCUAUACCAAUUAGACCAUUUAAACCAACCUGUCUGACAUUUCCCAGACAGACAUUCAAAAGAUCCUGCUAUAGUUUCUUCAUUUAAUGCUUCCAGUUGUGAACUGUUAAAAGGCGCUUUUUAGUUAACUCACAGGGAUCCAAAGUGUCAACAGGAGAUUUAGUGUUUGAGGGGAAGAAAAAAUGCUUGUCAGUUUUUACCCCAGUUUCAUGUAAUCUAUUGUACCAGAAGGUGUAUUAAAUUACAAACUGCACCUUUAAGUCCAUGUUACAGCAGUAACUGAGUGCUUUUGUGCUUGUGACCAGGAGGCUGUGAGUUCUUGAGCAAGACUGUUAGCAUCCUUACAGUUUCACUUUGUAAGUUGCUUGUAAGGUCCAUAUGAGCGUGCCGAAAUUCUGUCAUGUUGCCGUCAGAUGCUGGAGCUUCAAUGAAAGUAGGAAGAAAGAUGUGGCCUGAAACACCUGGUUUUAUAAUUUUUUUCCUAAACAUUGUUCAAUUCACUGUUUAUUAAAUCCUGAUACCUCAAUCACUGAA